GCUGCGGCCUAACUCCACUGCAGUUCGCAUUCUAUAUCGACGGACAAUUUCGUGACACGGCAAGUCGUGGAUUAGAAGUAACGUGCAUAUGUUUGAGGUGCGGCACAUCUUCUCUUCCAUGUCGAAGCCUUCGUUUAACCUAGUUCCUCCGCAUGCCGCAUUGGCUGUUUCUCUCUCUUAUUGGCUUCGGCUUGGAUAUCGCUUCGGGAUAUCAUAGCGACGAUCUUGUAGCAGCUCGAGGCCUGAGGCAAAUUGUCAGCUGCUUGUCUAAGCCGCUGUAUAGCAAUCGACGAGAUAUCGGGCGCUUGACGAUGGCGCUUCUCACAAGCAAAGUUAUCACCAUUACAGGUGCAGCCUCGGGAAUGGGUCUUGCAACCGCCAAACUACUUUAUUCCAGAGGAGCGAACCUGUCUCUGCUCGACCUCCGACAGCAAGCUCUUGAUGCGGCCGUGGUAGAAAUUGUUGGUGGUGUCUCCGGCAAGCAAGCUUCAUUCGAAGACCGUAUCAUGAUUACAGCUGGAGACAUUCGGUCCAGCGACCAGGUCGAUGCUUGGAUCGCGAAAACAGUUGACCAUUUUGGAAGAUUAGACGGAGCCGCGAACAUCGCUGGCAUAAUAGGGAAGGGUUAUGGCGUUCUGGACCUCACGGAGUUGUCCAACGACGAGUGGGAUUUGAUCCAUGGGACAAAUUUGACUGGUCUGUUCUACUGUAUGCGCGCACAAUUAAGAGUCAUGACGGAUGGCGGAAGCCUUGUUAAUACUACGAGUGUGGUUGGUCUGGAGGGCCACGGCAAGAACGGUGCCUACUCGGCCAGCAAACAUGGAGUCAUUGGGUUGACAAAAAGCGCAGCAAAGGAAGUAGGUAAAAGGAAUAUCCGUGUCAACUCCAUCGCACCUGGUGUAAUAGCGACUCCGAUGAUUGCCUCGUUUGGUGCCGUUGAGUCUGGCAAGCUCGGCGUCUUUGACAGAGUACCGAUCGCGAGGGUCCGCGAGCCCGAUGAGAUUGCGACUAUGUUUGCAUAUUUGCUAAGCGACGAGUCCAAAUAUAUAACAGCGUCAACCUUUCGAGUCGACGGAGGGCUACUAGGCUGAGAAGUCUACCAUGCGGAAGCAUCUACAAUACUAUUUUCUUUCGGCGAAAGUAGAAAUUCGCUCAGUGUAUUGCUGCUCGUUACGUAACGUGGCAUGUUUAGCGGCCAGCCUCUGCGAAUGGGCUGUAAAGUGAGUAGGUUACCACAUCCAUGGAUCACGACUG